AUGGGAACAGGGAAUGUCUAUGGACGUAAGAUCCUAGUUGCACACUCCUUUUGGGGUCGUGUGGGAUGGUUUUUUUUAGCACUGGGGUUCCCGGGUUUUAUACCCCAGUACCUAGGGUUUGAGUCCUGGUCAGGGAGGUUAUUCUUGUACAUCCAAAAUGAACAAAAUCUCUCUACAUUCUUUACAGACCAACCCACGAUCAGCCAGUCAACCGGUAACUUGGUUGACGGUGUGAACCUUGAUGAAAUAAAGGAAUUUGCCAAGGCGUUCAAAAUCCGCAGGCUUUCCAUGGGUUUGACUCAGACCCAGGUUGGCCAAGCUCUGAGCAUCACUGAAGGCCCAGCCUAUUCCCAAUCGGCCAUCUGCAGGUUUGAAAAACUAGACAUCACGCCAAAAAGUGCACAAAAGAUCAAGCCUGUUCUAGAGCGAUGGAUGCAGGAAGCGGAGGACAGGUACAAGAACGGCCAGCACACCUUAACAGAGUUUAUGGGCACUGAACCUUCCAAGAAAAGGAAGCGCCGCACAAGUUUCACUCCGCAGGCCCUUGAAGUUCUUAAUGGUCAUUUCGAGCGGAAUACACAUCCAUCAGGUGCCGAGAUCACAGCUCUAGCUGAGCAGCUAGGGUAUGAGCGUGAAGUGGUGAGGAUCUGGUUUUGUAAUAAGCGGCAGGCUUUGAAAAACACUGUUCGCAUGAUGGCCAAGUCCAGCCCCACGGCGCCCCCCCCUCCUCCUCCACCCCACCCAACUCUCAAUUAAGGACCAGUGAAAUGAACAAAGAUCAGCGGAUAAAUGAUUAACCAGAAAGAUAGCGAGAAAAAUAAAACUUUAAGAAAUAUUUCUAUUCAAAAUAGAAUACUUUGCAGCAGCAAGAUGUUUUGUACGUUCUGGGGAAAAAUACCAAAGGGAACAAGCUUAAAAAUGCGAUGCCAAAUAUUGGUUGUCAUCAUGAUAUGAUUGAUAAUCUAAUAUAUGCAUAU